GAUGGAGCAUUUUGUCCCAUUUGAUGAUUAAGUGCACCGAAUGCAAGAUGGACAAAACCUCAAUCUAGUUCGUAACCUUUUCUCCCAAAGGUGAAAGGCCCAACUCAUUCUCCUUUCACUCCUUUGCUCUCCUUUUGCUCCUGUCGUUUGUGUGUCUGUUUUCAGGGUUUUGGAAUUAUGGAAUUAGGGUUUUGCAGCUCUCAAUUGGGUAAAAUUAAUGGGUUUUCAGAGUUGGAAUUUGUCAUGUUGGAGACCCUUCUGCUUGCUGGGAAAUCUCUUGCUUGCCUUCUUCUUAUGACCGGAGCUCUAUUGGGUGGUGUCAGCGAGCUACCUGGUUUGACUCCUACUGAGGACAGGUUUCCUAUUGAUCAACUCCGGAAAACUGAACGACCUGGUCCUGAGAACAAGGAUGGUAGUGACACUGAGGAUGACGACGAGGAAGAUGAAGAUGCCGUAGAGGAUCAGGAUGAUGACGACGAUGAGGAUUUCUCAGGAGGAGAAGAAGGUGGGGGAGACGAUGAUGAAGAGGGUGACCCUGAGGAUGACACAGAGGCUAAUGCCAAUGGGGAAGGAGGAAGUGAUGACGAUGAUGAUGAUGACGAGGAUGGGGAUGAUGAUGAUGAUGGCGAUGAGGAGGAAGAAGAGGACGAGGAGGAAGAAGAUGACCAGCCUCCUGCAAAGAAGAGGAAGUGAGAUUCAGUUUAGAUUUUUUUUUUAGGGUUUUAACUUUGCUUCUUGUAAGCUUCCAAAUUUCAAUCAUUAGAGAGUCGAGGCUUCAGGAAUCAGGAAUCAGGAAUCAGGACUAUGUCUAGUUAGAUCAGGUUAAGGAUUUUGUAUUGUUAUUGAUUUACAUUUGGUAGCUCUAUUCAAAAGAUUUGUAGAAUGUAUUCUAAAUAUGAAUGUUUCCUUUUUAUGAAAUGAUGUAGUAAUCUAUAUUUGAUUUUCAGA